AUGCCGCCUUCGCAGCUGAAGCAGCUCAAGGCUUCCCUUCGGGACAGUGGGGUGCUAGGUCCCCAGAAGUCGAAAAAGGAGAAGCGACAGAAUGCGAAAACCGGCGGUAGUACUCAGGAUCGCAACCAGCGCAAUGCUGCUCUACAGGCCAUCAGAGAUCGGUUCAAUCCGUUCGAGAUCAAGACAACUGCCAACCGCGCAAAAUUCGAUGUAACCACCAGAGAUACGGGUUCCAAGCCCACCAAUGCAAGACCUGGAGUGACCAAGUCAUUGGGCGAGGAAAAGAGACGCCAAACGCUCCUGAGGGAGAUGAACCGGAGGAACAAAGUUGGUGGUAUUAUGGAUCGCCGUUUUGGUGAAGACGACCCGACCAUGACGCCUGAAGAGAGAGCUGCCGAACGAUUUGCCCGAGAAAGUCAAAAGAAGAUGCGAAAGGAAUCGAUGUUUAACCUCGAGGACGAUGAAGAUGAGAUGCAACUUACACACUUGGGCCAGUCGUUGACUUUUGGCGAUGAUACAAACCAAGACGACUUCGAGGCUGGCGAUCUGGGUGGAGCUGACGAUGAUGAUAUGUCGGAUUCCGAAAUGCUCAAGAAAAGAAAGCGAGUCAUUAAUGAUGACGAUGAACUGGAGAAUGUGAUGGAUGACGAUGAAGAGGCGUUACCAGAGCGCAAAAAAUCGAAGCAUGAAGUCAUGAAGGAAGUCAUCGCCAAGUCCAAGUUUCACAAACUUGAGCGCCAAAAAGCCAAGGAGGACGACGACGAUCUCCGUGAAGAGCUUGACCAAGGUCUCGGAGAUCUCUUUACGAUGCUAAGGGGUGCGAAGCCUCCACCCAAACCGGAACCCCCGAAGGACGAUUUGGCAUCAAUGAAUCCUGAUCGCGCGGCUCUACUGGGAGAAUCUUCCGACAAGAACCUCGAUAGGGAAUACGAUCAACAUAUAAGGCAAAUGACCUUUGACAAGCGAUCCAUGCCAACAGACCGAACGAAGACGGAGGAGGAGAAGAUCGAAGAAGAAGCACAGAGAUUGAAGGCUCUUGAGGAAGAGCGAAUUCGAAGAAUGCGCGGCGAAGAAGAAAGCGACGAACAGGACGAUGAAGAUGAUGAUGGCGAAGAAGGGUCCGGCGACGAAUCUUCUGAAGACGAAUCCAUCCCCGACGACGCAAUGGCUUUUGGACUGCAGCAGCCCACUAACCAAAGGACCACUCGUCCUGAGAUGGGUGUUGAAGACGAGGAUGAUUUCAUCAUCGACGACGACCUUGUCGAAACUAGGUCCGAUGUCAGCCUGACUUUCGAUGAGAGUGACGAAGAUGAGGAAAUGUUUUCCGAGGAAGAGUCUGUGCAAUCUGAACAGGAGGAUGAUCUUAUCAAUGGAAUGACCCUUCCUGAAGACAAAACCGGAAGCACCUCCAUUGCAAUCGAUAGUGCACAGGGUGCUAACGAAGGUCUGGCAUUCACAUAUCCUUGCCCUCAAGACCAUGAGAGUUUCCUCCAAAUCAUCAAAGAUGUCUCAGUGGAAGAUUUACCUACUGUAGUCCAGCGAAUUCGUGCACUUCAUCACCCUCGACUUCACAGUGAUAACAAGAUGAAACUCGGUCGUUUCGCUGCAGUGCUCGUCCAGCACAUUGCAUACAUGGCAGAGCAACCGGAGCACCCUCCUUUCGCCAUUCUGGAGAAUAUCCUGCGUCACAUUCACUCCCUGGCAAAAACACACCCUGAAAACGUAUGCAGGGCAUUUAGGACUUACCUACGUGAGAUGUCUACAGAACGACCGCUCAACCUUCGGGCUGGGGACCUGGUUAUUCUGACCGGGAUUGCAACUAUCUUCCCGACUUCAGAUCACUUCCACGCCAUCGCAACACCGGCACAGUUGUCUCUCGCCCGCUACCUGGGACAGGGCGCCGUGGAUUCCUUGGCUGAUUUCGCGACAGGCACUUACGCUGCUAGUCUGUAUAUCCAGUACCAAACUAUCUCGAAACGGUACAUGCCUGAAUUCAUCAACUUCACCCUCAACACCCUGUGCACACUCGCCCCGGGGCAACCAAAGGACAGACUUGGCUACUUCCCAUCAAGAAGCCCGGAAGAAUCCCUUCGAUUAACUGCCUCGAAGCCCGUCUCUUACCGGAAGCUUCAAUUCUGGGACAUUGCUGGCCCGGAGUCCGGAAAGCGUGCUCAGGAAGAGCUGAAGCUUUCUCUCAUCGUCACCCUCGUUACCCUCCUCAACAACGCAUCCGAUCUGUGGGCCACCAAGUCGGCAUUCGUCGAGAUCUUCGAGCCGACCCAGCGCGUCCUGCAAUAUCUGAGCAAGUCCUGCCGCGGCAAAGUCUCCGCCCCGGCUCUGGAUACCAUCCAAUCUACCCUCGACAACAUCGAUAGCCAUCUCACGCAGGCCAUUCGAGCCCGCCGCCCGCUCCUCCUGCACAACCACCGCCGUCUGGCGAUCAAGACCGCCAUCCCGAAGUUCGAGGAAACCUUCAACCCGGACAAGCACUACGACCCCAACCGCGAGCGUGCGGAACUCGCCCGUGUCAAGAAGGAAUACAAGCGCGAGCACAAGGGCGCUAUGCGGGAACUUCGCAAGGACGCCAGCUUUGUGGCGCGCGAGAAGCUGCGCGACAAGAAGGAGCGCGACGCCGAGUACGAGAAGAAGUACAAGAGGCUUGUGGCCGAGGUGCAGAACGAAGAGGGACGGGCAGCCAAUGCCUACGAGAAAGAGAAGAGAUUGCGACAGGGCAAGCGGUAG